UUCCGGUUUAUCAGGUCUCGACUCAAGAGAGUUUGUGAGCGCGCGCGUCCUGUAGGACUCGGCAGUAGAACAUGUGGAGGUCAGGAGCGCGAGCGUGCAGGUUGUGUUCUUGUGUUUUGAGGAGCAGGUGGAGAUGUCCUCAGCGCGUGUCCCAGUCAUCUCCACCCGCCUGUGGAGUGCGGACAGAGGAAGUGAAGUGGACAGGUGUUGCAGGGGGACAUGUACAACGAAGAGGACUUUACUUGACCCACCAGCUUGCAGAAAACAGCACACUUCAGUCCAAUAGGGAGCUGCCAGAAGCCAUCUACGAAAAGCUGGCUGAUGAGACACUGGAUGCAAUGGCAGAAUAUUUCGAGGAUCUCACUGAUGAGAGCUUCACUGCGCCUGACUAUGACGUGAUGUUUUCUAGUGGCGUCCUGACCGUGAAAGUAGGAGGUGACCAUGGCACUUAUGUAAUCAAUAAACAAACCCCCAACCGACAGAUUUGGCUCUCCUCUCCAACAAGCGGGCCGAAACGCUACAAUUGGACAGGAGAGCGCUGGGUAUACGCCCACGAUGGCAUGGCCUUGCACGAUCUGCUCUCUAAAGAGUUUUCUGCCAUCUUUCAAUCAAACAUUGACCUGUCACAUUUACUCCAUUCCUGAGAACGACCUGAGAACGAGGAAACAACCAAAAAGGUUUCUUCUGAAACAGACAUGUGUAAGCACAGCUGGACAGAUGUGACGUCAUUGUUUUUCUUUGGGAUCAGAAUUGAGUUGUCGAGUCACAUGCUACUAUAUCUUUUAAAAGAAAGACCUCUCUUUUCUGUUUAAAACUGUGUUGUUGUUUUAAUACAAAAUGUGACUCUCUUUGAGUUUAUUUGAAGCAUCUGGUAGUACAAAUCAGCUCUUUAAGUGCAUUUAUUACACCUGCCGCCUUUUACCUACAGAGGCCAAAUUGCAAUUCGUUGUAGCAUGAGGAUCCAGUCAUCACCCCGUAUAAGCACUGCUCUUCCAUUCGUUUAUUAUGGCGCAGGGUUUGAGUGCUCUCGAAGUUGCUGCCAAUGAAUCUGGCUGGAUUACAUUUGGAUUAAAAAGGUAAUUUUUUAACAGCGCACCAGUAACGACGAGAGCACUCUUUCAUUUGGGGGCAUUUAAGGCAAUGCCGGUAAUUAAGAGAUGUGGUCAUGGCCAGACUGCAAGCAGUGGAGUGGAGACUGAAGAGAGGAAGUGUUGGGGAUUAUUAAAAAAUAAAGGUGUAGAAGUGCUGAUCAGAGCUGACUCAUCUGACUCUGUUUCUGAGAUGCUUGUUGGGUGAUUGUUUAGUGUAUUAUGUAUAUUUUGGAGUGUGAUAAUGAAGGUAUGUAAAUAAAGAAUCUGUCAAAUCUAUCAGCCAAUAAAUGUAGGGCAUUUGGUAGCCCAUAUGUA